AUGCUGAUGACACGCCUACAAAAAAACCAGCUCGCAGCUGAAAGUGUACUUGUUACUGCAUUUAUAAGUGAAAAUGAGAUAUUUUAUGUUCAAGAGCUAUCAAGCAAGGAAGAACUAAAAGUUGAUUUAAGGCAUGGAUACUGUGACUGUGGUGAUUUUCAAACUGAUCGAUAUCCAUGCCCUCAUGUAAUUGCGUGCUGCUCCAAUCAAAACAUCAAUUGGGAAGUUUAUGUUAAUGAUAUUUAUAGGAUUGAUAAAGUUUGCAAGUUGUAUGAGAAAGAGUUUGAGGUGGUGGGGCAUCAAAGUACAUGGCCAGUAUAUAAUGGCCCAAGAAUUCAGCCGAACUCCUUGUCAAAGCGCAAUAUGAAAGGUCGGCCCAAAUCAACUAGUUUUCUAAACGAAAUGGAUGAGCGUGAAAUACACCAACUCAAGCGUCGCCGUCGUGAAGGACUUAGAGGCAAACGAGUUCGACGCAGAGUUAAGUCAAGUUUGCAGUUAUGA